UAAAACUUGAAAGCCCUCGCGAUUUUGACUAGAGGUCCAUAGCACCCAAAUACCCACUGUCGUUUCCAACCAUGCAACUCACACUCAUCUUCACCACACUCGUUACAUUUGCUGCUAUUGCUGCGUCACAUCCGACACCAAAAUUGGUCAAAGCACGUAUUUCUCUGGAUAAGCCCCAGGAGCUUAAUCCUAGCACAAUUGAUUAUGAUUAUGGGCUCAUUAAUAUUGCUAGUGCCAUCAAACUUGAUACACCUGACUCGGUCGACUUUGGAGAUACACCCGCGUCGUCUCGUCGCUCCCUCAAUUCUGUUGCAAGCGGCGAAGCUGACCACAAUGAAACACCUACUUCUCUGGCUGGGCGCCAGGAGCCUGUUGUAAUUGAUUGGGAUUAUUCGGUGCUUAAAAUGCCGAAGGUACUAGAAUCGGAGCUCACACCAACGUCACGUGACGGAGUACACAAAGCGCUUACACCUGAUAAACCUGAUACACUCAUGUCGCCUCGUCGUUCCCUCGAUUCUGAUGCAAGCGGCGAAGCCAACCACAAUGAUGUUCACAAGAGAAAGGCUUUUGUUUACCGUCUCAAGGACGAGAAGCGCUACAACUAAGCAAUAUAUCCGAGAGAGCUUUCGAAUCAGGAAAGGGUUGCGAGAAGGCGUGGUACUGAGUUUCAUACAUCAUAUAGCUACAGUAUCAGGAUGCAGCCUAGCUCGCAUGAGAGUAGGUAAUCGAGUACGGACUCAAUCAAUAA